AUGUCUGAAGAAAUCGAAAACAAUACUAUUAACUUUCUUUAUAAAAACAACAAAAAUAUUUCUUCGAUUGUUUUUAACCACGUAACUUAUACUGCGAUUAUUACGUUGGUUGACAAAUCUGUCAGGGUUUUAAAUUUGGAUACUUCAGAUAACAAUUCUCUAGAUAGUAUUAGCGAUAAUAAUGCUCAGAAUAGACUACAAGCAAAUAAUCACGUAAUUUCGCCAAAUAGUAAUAGACAAGAUAGCGAUGAUAAUAAUUCUGAAGAUUUAAAUAAUAAUGACCAAGAUAGCGAUGAUAAUAGUUCUGAAGAUUUAAAUAAUAAUGACCUACAAUCUAAUGAUCAAUCUAAUGAAAUAAAUAAUUCGUCAAGUAGUAAUAAUCGUAAUGAAACUGAAAUUCUUGAUGUUGUUAUUCCGCCUAACAGUUUAAAACGUAAAGUAUCAGUAUUUGAUUAUGAAAAUAACCAACCUUUAAAACUAAAGCGUCUUGAAGGUACUUUAAGCUCUUCCUCAUCAGAUUUUAUUCCAAGUCCCUCACCGACUUCAAAUUUAAAAAGCACGUAUGAACGUUCACCUGAAAAUAUAACAAGUCCUACAUAUAUAUUAGAUAAUGAAUUAGAAUCGGAUAAACAAAAUGAUACUGUAGAAUCAACAUCAGAUAAUUCAAAUAAAAAUAAUGCAGAAUCAUCAGAUAAUCCAAAUGAUAUGGAUAGUAUUAUAAAUAAUAAGCCUAGUAAGGUCGAGCGUCUAAAGCAAGCUUUUAUGGAUACUACUAAAAAAGAGUUGAUUAUGUAUAAUAAUCAACUUUUUUCAACUAACUCAGUUUUAAGUUUUCUUACAACGAACUUCGAUCACCUAUUUUUCAGCAAUGACGAUGAAGUCAUUUAUAGUCCACAAGAUGAAUUACCUGAUUAUUCAAUUCAAAAUACUGAAUCAAUAUAUGGUUAUCUUAAAAAUUGGUAUUUGUUAUAUGAUAAACUUGGAUCCGCAAAACAUAUGAUUGAGGAAUCCAGAUUACAUAUGUUAUACGACUUACGUGGACCUUACAUAUCACUUGCAGUAAUAUUAGCGACUGAAUACAAAGAAGUUAAUGGAGAAUUUCCGCACUAUAAAACUUUACGUGGUCUUAUUAGUAAUAAAGUGCAAACCCUGUUUGGAGUCGUUGAUAGACAUGAAAGACGCUAUUGGAUAGGAACAUGGCGGUUAAUUGAAUUUCUUCAUAUAACUCAAUGCCCUGCUAUGAUUCUUGUUAAAUCUGGACUUACAACAAAUUAUUUUAUGUCUACAACUAAUAAAAAGUAUGAUAAAUUUCUUCAAAGUCUUUUAAAAGAUAAACAAGUUGUUCAUCAAACUCCUAAAUUUGAUGAAACU